ACGACCAGUUGAAUACCGGACGGUAUCGUGUCAAGAUCCAAGAGCGGGUUUGUUGGAUAAACAUAAAGAAGAACGCUAAAACCGUUUCCAGAGGACCAGUUAACAGUUCCAUGGAUGAAACAGUGAUGUGUUAAGUGUUGACAGACGACGAGAAUUUCGGGCCAGGAUGCGGCAUCUAGGCCAAUUCUGGGCCUUUUUCGCCCUCAUCACCCUCACAUCGACAGAACGGACGCACACAUGCGGCGCCGGGCAGUUCAGGUGUCCUGAAGGGAAAUGCAUACCGUCGAGUCAGGUCUGCAACUACCAGAAGAACUGCGAGAAAGGAGAGGACGAGUUCCAGUCAUGCCCGCCUCCCGAUUGCGAGUUCGGUCAGCAGACCUGCGGCCAAUACGUCUGGAAUAAGACAUACUGCAUACCGCCUCACUACAGGUGCGACAUGACAGUCGACUGUGUAGACGGCACCGACGAGGCCGAUUGUACAAAUGAACGCAAAUGUCACGAGAGCGACUUUCGCUGUGAUACUGCGGGACCCUGUAUAUCGAAGGAGAAACGCUGCGACGGUUACCUCGACUGUAGGAAUGGCAAGGACGAAGAGGGCUGCUAUGCAUCGCCCUAUGUCUCUUGCACAUUGGACCAGUUCCGAUGUCAUAAUGGCCAACGUUGCAUUGAGUUGUCUGCAAAAUGCAACCACAGGAACGACUGCGGGGACAACAGUGAUGAGGAGCACUGCAAUUUCGCCGCCUGCCAUGUGGGUCAGUUCCGUUGCACGAAUGCACUUUGCAUUCCUCUUUCGUACCACUGCGAUGGCUACAGGGACUGCAUGGAUGGGAGCGAUGAGGCCAACUGCACUGCAAUCGCCUGUCCUGAGCAUAAAUUCCUCUGCCCCAAAGGUGCACCGGGGGGAAAACCAAAAUGCAUAUCGCGUAUGCAGCUCUGCGAUGGAAAGAAAGACUGUGAAGACCACGCUGACGAGGAAGUCGCCUGCUCUACUCACAACUGUCCAACUCUCGGGUGUCAAUAUAAAUGCCAAGCAUCUCUAAAUGGUGGUGCUUGCUAUUGUCAAGAGGGUAAAAGGGUGGCGAAUGAUUCAAGAACUUGCAUCGAUCGUGAUGAAUGCGAGGAAUGGGGAUUUUGUUCGCAAAAGUGUACAAAUACUGAUGGAUCUUACGUAUGCUCUUGUUUCCAAGGGUAUGAACUGUCUGACAAAUCAAAAUGUGUUGCUAGUAAUGCAUCAUCAAUGAGGAUUAUAUUUGCUCAUGAUAAAUCAAUCUGGAAAAUGGAGAUUUCUGGAAAUCCAAAAUUGAUUGCCAACGCAACAGCUGCGAGUGGCGUUGACUACAAUUUUGCAGCCAAUCGGCUUUAUUGGUCAGAUACAAAAACCAAGAAGAUAUAUUAUCAACCUUUGAUGGAGACACAGUCUCAUACAGCGACAGAUGUUGUGCCGGAAAUUUCCAUACCUGGAACCUGGUCUCCAGUUGCUCUGGCAGUGGAUUGGAUUGGCAACAAGCUGUACGUCGUUGAUGGCAUUGGUCAGAAAAUUGAUGUGAUAGAAUGGGAUGGAAGAUAUAACGCGAUCGUGCUUUCUUCUAAUAUCACAGCUCCGACUGAUAUCGCACUCGACUCAAAAGUUGGGUACAUGUUUAUAGCAGACAGCAAUCAAGUGAUUCGGGCAAACAUGGAUGGCACGAAUGCCAAGCCAAUUGUAUCAGAAGCCGCUUACAAAGCGUCUGGUGUCACUGUGGAUAUUCUGGCCCGUAGAGUUUUUUGGUGUGACUCACUGCUCGACUACAUCGAGACAGUUGAUUAUGAUGGAAAUCACAGAUUUCUUGUCCUGAGGGGCACAUCUGUACCUUCGCCUUCGAGGCUUUCACUCUUCGAAAACAGGAUCUUCUGGUCAGAUGGGACAAAACAGGGCGUUAUGAGCGUUGAUAAGUAUGAAGGGACCAAUUCAAUCCAAGUAAUCUAUAGGAACAACGAUGUCAGGGAGCCUAAAGCUGUCAAAGUCGUUCAUGCACUAGUACAACCUGGAGGACACAAUCCUUGUAAAAGCAGCAAUAAUGGAGGCUGCCAGCAUAUGUGUAUAGUAACAGCAGGUACACAUGGGUUGGGCAGUAUUGGAUAUCGCUGUGCUUGUAGUGUUGGUUGGAGAUUGGCAUCAGAUCUCCAUAACUGCAACCUUGUGGAGCAAUUUUUGCUCUACUCGCAGCAAAGGUUCAUCAAAGGCAGGGUUUUAGACCCAGUGUUGGAAAAUUUCAGCGAUGCGAUUCUCCCUUAUGCGUCCAGAAGGGCCCGCUUUGUUGGGUUGGACUUUGACGCAAGGGACAACCACAUCUAUUACUCGGAUGUCUUGCAAGAUGUCAUUUAUAGGAUUCACAAGAACGGAACUGGUAGGGAAAUAGUACUGGCUUCACAGAACGAAGGAGUCGAAGGGCUUGCGGUAGACUGGGCUGCGAAAAACCUCUAUUAUAUUGACAGUCGCAAAGGCACGUUGAAUGUUCUUAGCACAAGAAACACAACCUACAGGAGAACGCUUCUAGUCAACCUGAAACGUCCCAGAGCAAUUGUUGUUCAUCCAAACAAAGGAUAUAUAUUUUUCUCUGAGUGGGAUAGACCUGCAAAUAUCAGCAGGGCUUAUACAGAUGGAACCAAUCUUAUUGUUUUUAAAAAUGUGACUCUGGGAUGGCCAAACGGUCUGUCGGUUGAUUUCGCAAGGGAUAGGCUAUACUGGUGCGAUGCUCUUUUGGACCAUGUGCAACAUUCAAAACUUGAUGGAACUGACGUUGUAACUGUAAACUCAAGACUGAUUCGACACCCGUUUUCUAUUGUUAUACACAAAGACUGGAUGUAUAUAACCGACUGGAGAUUGGAUGCUAUCAUCCGUCUCAACAAGUUCACAGGGGGAGAUGAAGAGAUAAUUGUACGAGAAGGACAGACAAACAGAUUGUAUGGUGUUAAAGUUUAUGGUGAAUCAGAACAGGCCAUACUCACAGUUCAUCCCUGUUCGAUUAACAACGGAAACUGUCAAAAAAUGUGCUAUGCCAUUCCAAUGUCGACAAAAUCACCUACAAACCUCAAAGUACAAUGUGGAUGCCCAUAUGGUGAAAAGCUCGCUGAAGAUGAAAAAACAUGUGUUACUGAUCCGAAUGCACAACCGAUAGCUACUGCUUGCCCGAACAGAUGGGACUUCACUUGUAACAACCAGCGUUGUGUGCCGAAAGCAUGGCUCUGUGAUGGCGAUGACGAUUGCCUCGACAAUUCUGACGAAGAGCAAAACUGCACGAAGCCGACUUGUGCUCCCACCGAGUUCCAAUGUGCAUCUGGUAGAUGCAUUUCGCAAUCAUUCCACUGUGAUGCUGAAAACGACUGUGGAGAUUACAGCGAUGAAAAUGGCUGUGUUAAUGUGACAUGUUCAGCAAACCAAUUCCAGUGCGACAAUGGAAGAUGCAUACCUACAACUUGGAAGUGCGAUUCUGAAAAUGACUGUGGUGACAGUUCAGAUGAAGGGGAUUUCUGUGCUGAAAAAACAUGCGCCUAUUUCCAGUAUACUUGCCCAAGAUCUGGCCACUGCAUCCCGCGCUCUUGGGUAUGCGAUGGUGAUGAUGAUUGUUUUGACAAUCAAGAUGAAAAGAACUGCCCUCCUAUCACUUGCUCGGCGAAUCAAUUUAAAUGCACAGAUUUAACACAGUGUAUACAAGAAACAUACAAAUGUGAUGGGAUUUUGGAUUGCAAAGAUGGAAGCGAUGAGCUUGGAUGUCCGACAAUUGCACCGAAUCAGUGUGAUACGGAAAAACAAUUCAGAUGUGCUAAAUCAGGGAUAUGCAUUCCAAAAGCUUGGCACUGCGAUGGAACCGCAGACUGUGACGAUGAGUCUGAUGAACCACCUACUUGCGGUGAAGUCGCUUGCCAAAUGGGCUACUUCAAAUGCAACAAUUCCCAAUGCAUAUUCAAAGCUUACAUAUGCGAUGGGAGGGAUGACUGCGGUGAUAAUUCUGAUGAAGAUUUCAGACAUGCUUGCGUCCCUCCGCCUUUCAGGUGUCCCUCUGGCCAGUGGCAAUGUCCAGGAGUGUCUGAACGCUGUGUCAAUAUCACUUCUGUCUGUGAUGGUAAAUUGGAUUGCCCCAACGGUGCUGAUGAAGGAGAAGGAUGCGAUCUCGCACAAUGCACAAGCCAGAAACCAUUCUGCAGCAAUUCAUGUGUUCAAACACCCAUUGGGGCUAUGUGUACCUGUCCACCUGGGGAAACUUUAAGCAAUGAUUCAAUCACUUGUCAAGACUUGAAUGAAUGCCAACCACCAGGGGCAUGUUCACAAACUUGUACAAACACCAAAGGCAGCUACGUAUGUUCAUGUGUCGACGGUUACAUUUUAGAAUUAGACAAUUCAACUUGUAAAGCGAUAAACCACAGUCAAGCUUAUUUGAUUAUUUCCAACCGCCACUCAAUUCUUGUGGCUGAUCUUAAAGAUCAAGGCUUAGAACGAGUGCCGAUCAUUGUGGAAAAUGUCGUAGCAACUACAAGCAAUAUGCAUACAGGAACAAUUUUCUGGUCUGAUAUGAAACUCAAAAAGAUUUCACGAAUUGACAGAAGCAGUGAGCCAAAGGAUGUCAUUGUAUCUGGACUUGAUCUCGUCGAGGGACUUACCUAUGACUGGAUCGGAGGGAACAUCUACUGGCUCGAUUCACGCCUCAACACAAUAGAAGUGGCAAAGGAAAAUGGUUCAAACAGGGUCGUUUUGCUCAAGGAAAACAUAACACAGCCUCGCGGGAUGAUGUUGGAUCCAAGUCCUGACGCUAGAUGGUUGUUUUGGACAGACUGGGGUGAGAAUCCAAGAAUAGAGCGUGUUGGUAUGGACGGAACUAACCGGAGUGUUAUUAUAUCUACAAAGAUCUACUGGCCUAAUGGCCUUACACUUGAUAUUGCGACCAAACGCGUAUAUUUUGCUGACUCGAAGCUCGACUUUAUUGAUUUCUGCAAUUAUGAUGGUUCUUCGAGGUACCAGGUCAUUGCAGGCAGUCACUACCUUCUUCACCCGCAUUCGAUAACGCUCUUUGAAGACACAGUGUACUGGACAGACCGACAGCUCAACCGUGUCAUCUCUGCUCAUAAGUAUAGAGGAAAGAAUCAGACUGUCGUCUCACACUUGAUUUCACAGCCUUUAAGCAUACACGUACACCAUGCCUCGCUGCAGCCGAUAACACCGAACCCUUGUGAGAAUGCUUCCUGUGCACAACUCUGCCUUUUAUCACCUUCAUCAAAAACUGGUUACACAUGCAAGUGCCAGCCUGGCUAUAAGAUUGUUAACAAUGCUGAAUGUGUAGAAGAGGAUACAGCUCUUCUUCUGGUAAUGAAGGGAGGCCAGAUUGUGGAUGUCUCUUUGACUCCUGGAGACAGGACAAGUGGCUUUCUCAUUCCAGUCGUUGGCAUAAGCACAGGACUUCAAAUCGACUAUGACAGAAAGACUGAAACUCUGUUUUGGGUCGAGACUAAAGAUGAAGAGAGCGAAAAUUGCACAAUUUACACAACACCGUACAGAGGUGGUAACAAGACAGAAUUCCUCUCAGCAGACUCUGGACUUGUUGGAUCACCUUAUACCAUCGCUUUCGACUGGCUUGGAAGGAAUCUUUUUAUUGGAAACCGUCUCGCUUCUAAUCUUGAAGUGAUUAAGGUCGACGGUAAAUGGAAACACAGAGCUGUCAUACUUGUUAACAAUGGGAACGACACGUCUGUAUCAAAGCCGAGGUCGAUGUGCCUAGAUCCAAGCCAAGGUAAACUUUUCUGGGCGGAUGAAGGUGGCUACGGAGUACCUCAGAAGAUUGGAAGAGUCAAUAUGGAUGGUACGAAACCUGUUAUACUGCAGAAGCUCAAUGAAAGGCCUGUUGCCGUAACGAUUGAUCUUGAUACAAAGCUGAUUUAUUUCAGCACAGAAAACAUUGCAAAGAUAAUGGUAAUGGAUAGUAACGGCAACAAUCUUAAGACACUGCUGAGUGAAAAAGAACAUACAAUCUCUCUGCCGAAAGCAAUAGCAGUGCACAACAAAAUGCUCUAUAUUUUAGACUCACGCUAUGACAAAUUGGAAAGAGUUGAUCUUGAAACAGGAAGAAAUCUGCAGAAAAUACUUGACAAUGAGCCUGACCUUAAAACAUUCACUAUAUUUAAAAAGAAGCCAUUGGUGAAUCACCCAUGUUUUGUGGAAAACGGCGGAUGCUCCCAUAUCUGUAUCCCUGCUGAAAAUUCAGGAAAAGUUUGCGCUUGUUCCGUCGGCUACAAGAAAGAUGAGACAGGUGGAUGUGGCAGUUACAAGACGUUUGCUGUUGUAUCUCAGCUUGACAUCAUCCGAGGCUACAGCCUUAAAGAUGCUAGUGAAGCGAUCGUGCCGAUAUCCGGAAUUGGCCAUCACGUCCUCCACGUGGAUGUACACUUUGCUGAAAAAUGGAUCUAUUGGGUCGAUUUUAACAGAGGCCCUUGGAAUGGCAUUUUCAGGAUCAGGCCUAAUGGUACAGAACUCCAACAUGUUAUAAAAGACGGUAUUGGCUCAAAUGGAAUCCGCGGGCUCGCUAUAGAUUGGAUAGCUGGGAACUUAUAUUUCACGAAUGUUUUCCCUCAUGAGAAUUACAUCGAGGUCUGUUGGCUUGAUGGUACCAAUAGAAAGAUACUCCUAAAAGGGCUGAUUGAUGCGCCAAAGGAACUGGCAGUGAAUCCUGUGAAAAGAUAUCUGUACUGGAUUGAUUACGGGCAGUACCCAAGGAUUGUAAGAGCUCUAUUGGAUGCAACAAAUGCAACUCCUAUUGUUUCUUCAGGGAUCAACACACCAAGAGACCUCACUAUCGACAUGCAGACACACGAUGUUUACUGGGUUGAUGCAAGACUUGAUACAAUCCAAAAAGUUUCUUUCAGCGGAAACCUCCGACAGAUAAUCCGUAGAAAUUUGCCGAAUCCAAUGGGCAUUGCUGUCCAUAUGGAUUCAAUCUAUUGGGUGGAUAGAAAUCUCCAGACAGUCUUUAAAGCCUCGAAACUCGCCGAUAAUGGAACAAGGCCUAUUGCGAUCAGAACAGGUUUACAGAAACUGCGCGACAUUACGAUUUACGAUGUUACAAACCAGCCUCCAGAUCGUAACCCUUGUAGAAAACUUGGAAAUGGAGGAUGCGAACAGCUAUGUUUCUCAUACCCUCAGGAGAUGUCUGGUUCUAUGUUCAAGUGCGACUGUGCUACCGGUUCAAUAGCACCAGGCUCACAGACUAAAUGUUCUACAAUCAAUGAAUACCUAGUCUUUUCAACAAGGACAGAAAUCAGGUCUAUAAACCUUGAUCUGAAAGUAACGAGUGUGCCGUUUAAACCUGUUGGAAACUUAACAAAUGUUGUUGGUGUUGAUUUUGAUUAUGCAGAUAACAAACUGUUUUUUACGCAAAUCAGACCAUGGGCAAGAAUUGCAUUUAUGCCUUCCGACAAUCCAAUUCAGUCGAAAAUAUCACCCAUCAUUACUCGUGGUAUAAACCCAGAAGGUAUUGCUUACGAUUGGACGCAGAAAAAAAUUUAUUGGACAGAUUCAUCAAACAAUAGUAUUUAUGCUAUGAACAUUAACGGAAGUGAUCUAGUCAUGAUCGCGCGGGUAGAACGGCCAAGGGCGAUCGUGGUCGACCCUUGUAAUGGCUCACUCUAUUAUACUGAUUGGGGAAGGUUCGGUACGUCCGGCAAGAUCUACAGGACUACAAUGGCAGGGUCGCUGAAGAGGGCGAUAAUUGACCGAGACUUGAAUCAGCCCAGCGGCCUGGCUUUGGAUUAUGAGGAGAAAAUGCUUUACUGGACAGACGCCGUACGAGAAAAGAUUGAAAGGAUCAACUUGGUAGGAAAGCCAAAAAGAGAAGUGCUCAUUUCAGCGACUAUCUACCCUUUCGCCAUAACAGUGCACCGUAAUUAUAUCUACUGGACUGAUUUACAACUCAGGGGUGUAUAUAGAGCUGAAAAACACACAGGAGCAAAUAUGGUUGAACUCGUAAAAAGAUUAGAAGACUCUCCGAGGGAUAUUCAAGUGUAUUCACCAGAAAGGCAAAAAUGCGUAGUCAAUCCAUGCAAUAUAAGCAAUGGAGGAUGUGCCAAGAGUUGUCAUCCUGGACCUAAUGGAAAGGCUGAAUGUAAAUGUGAUGAUGGAAUGAAACUAGUCAAUGAUGGUAGAAUGUGUGUAGCAAAAAACAUCACAUGUGAUCCUAACAAAUUUGUCUGCGCCAGUGGGAAAUGUAUUUCAAGGAUGUGGGCGUGUGAUGGUGAUGAUGAUUGUGGAGACAAUUCUGAUGAGGACAGCAAAUUCUGCGCAUUUCAUUCUUGCAAUCCGAACGAGUUCCGAUGUGCCAACGGUCGUUGCAUUUUCCGCUCUUGGAAGUGUGAUCAUGAAAAUGAUUGUAAAGAUGGAUCAGAUGAAAUUGACUGCAAUUAUCCACCAUGUGCUGAUAGAGAGUUUACGUGCAUGAAUAAACGUUGUAUCCCAAGAGCACAGGUAUGCAAUGGAAUCAAUGACUGCAAAGACAAUAUCACCUCAGAUGAGACACAUGAACGAUGCCCAAGGAACACCACCUGUCCUAACGGGCAUCUCAAAUGUGAAAAGACAAAUAUUUGCGUUGAACCAUAUUGGCUCUGCGACGGAGACAAUGACUGCGGGGAUAACAGCGAUGAAAACCCACUGCACUGUGCCAAGACGAGCUGUCCCCCUAGCAGUUUCAGGUGUCCAAAUCACCGCUGCAUUCCUGCAACAUGGUAUUGCGAUGGGGAUGACGACUGUGGUGAUGCUUCAGACGAGCCCCCGGAAUACUGCAAGAGCGAAGGAAGGACUUGCUUUGGCGAUUUGUUCACCUGCGAUAAUGGUAAUUGCAUUCCAAGGAUAUACAUAUGCGAUGGUGACAACGACUGCCUUGACAAUUCCGACGAGGACACCAGGCACCAAUGCAAUGACAGGAAAUGUGACGAAGAGACUGAAUUCACAUGCAAGAGCAACAAAGACUGGGGAAGGGCUCAGUGCAUUCCUAAGAAAUGGGUGUGCGAUGGAGAUCCAGACUGUGUCGACGGUGCCGAUGAAAAUACAAGUGCUCUCAACUGCCCUCCACAACCUUCCUGCGCUCCUGACCAGUUUACAUGCGGCAACGGAAGAUGUAUUAACAAGGGAUGGACUUGUGAUCAUGACAACGAUUGUGGAGAUGGUACUGAUGAGGGUAAAGAAUGUCAUGGUGUGUACAAGACAUGCUCACCUCAGGAGUUCUCCUGCCAGAAUUUUAAAUGUAUAAAGAACAGCUACAGAUGCGAUGGUGAGGAUGAUUGUGGAGAUGGCUCUGAUGAGUUUAAUUGUAAAAAGGAAAACACAACAAAUUGCACACAAGGGCAAUUCCAGUGUAACAAUGGCCAGUGCAUCGAUUAUCAGAGGGUCUGCAACAAAGUGUCAGAUUGCAGCGACGAUAGCGAUGAGCCUCUUCACUGCAAUGUCGAUGAAUGCACCAAGGUCGAGGUGCACCAGUGCGGCCACAAAUGUGUUGACACUCUCACAAGCUACUACUGUGAAUGCAACCCCGGUUACAAGCUUCUAGAAGAUGGCAAAGCCUGCGCAGACAUAGACGAGUGUGUUGAAAUGCGAGGUGUCUGCUCGCAAUACUGUUCAAACACUCCCGGCUCAUACUAUUGCAAAUGUGAUGAGACCUACUAUGACAGAGCAACUGACGAGCAUACAUGCAAAAGACGAGAUAGAACUACACCUUGGCUGAUAUUCACAAAUAAAUAUUAUAUAAGGAAUAUGUCUCUUGACGCCACGCAGUAUUCUUUGAUACAUCAAGACCUUACAAAUGUUGUUGCUCUUGACUACGAUUACAAUACUAGCAUGAUUUAUUUCUGUGAUGUCACAGCAAAAACAAUAUUCAGUACAAAGGUUGGGUCAAAUAAAAGAGAACCAAUCGUUAGACAUGAUUCACAUGGUCUUGAAGGAUUGGCAGUAGAUUGGGUCGGAAAGAAAUUAUACUGGCUGGACAGGCAUAGCAAACAUCUUGAUGUGUCUGAGCUCAGCGGGGUCAACAGGAAAACAUUAAAAUCUGGUAUUCAAGACCCGAGGGCAAUCGCUGUCCACCCGGGCAUUGGAUAUCUAUUUUUCACUAGUUGGUACCUUCAAGCUUUCAUCGGUAAAAUGGGCAUGGAUGGAUCCAAUAUGGUUAGGAUCCUUACACAUGAAAAUGACCUCGCCUGGCCCAAUGCUCUCACAAUUGACUACUUUGCCGACCGCAUAUACUGGGCCGACGCUCACCUCGAUUACAUCGCAUCAGUAGACUUUGAUGGAAAAAACAAGCAUAUCGUUAUCAGUGGUGCUAAAGUACCUCAUGUUUUUGCUUUAACGCUUUUUGAAGAUUAUAUCUAUUGGACUGACUGGAAUAUCAAAGGAAUAUCAAGAGCGAAUAAAUUCACAGGAAAAGACUUGAAGGUCUUGAGAAAUACAACUCACAGGCCUUAUGACAUUCACGUGUACCAUCCCCUGAGGCAGCAAGCGUACCCAAAUCCAUGUGGUGGUGAUAACGGCGGAUGCUCACAUCUCUGCUUACUCUCACCUGUUCCAGGAGUCGAUGCAUCGCCAGACGGCUACAAGGAUGUAAAUUCACCAGUGUCUUUUAAAUGUGCAUGCCCGAAUCAAUUUAUUCUCGGACCUGAUGGCAAAACGUGCAAGGCCAACUGUACAAAUGGCCAGCAUAGAUGCGGAGGACAUGAUGAAAGAUGUAUACCCUGGUUCUGGAAAUGCGAUGGAGAAGUUGAUUGUAAAGAUGGUUCAGAUGAACCUUCAGACUGUCCAAAACGUACUUGCAGACCUGGAGCAUUCCAGUGUGACAACGGACACUGCACACCUUCUGCAACAAUCUGUGAUGGUAUUAAUGACUGCGGAGACAAUUCCGAAGAGAAGAAUUGCGCCUUGAAUUGCCCUGAUCUUGAGUUUAAAUGUAGAUCAAAUGGAAAGUGUAUUCUUAAUGCUUGGGUCUGCGAUGGUGAUCCAGAUUGCAAGGAUGGUUCUGAUGAAGAUCCAACCAUUUGUCACAAUAGACCUUGUGAUCUGGAUGUCGAGUUUAAAUGUAACAAUGGAAGGUGUAUUCCAAAAUUAUGGCAUUGCGAUUUUGACAACGAUUGCGGAGACGAUUCAGACGAGCCAGCGUACCUUUGCAGGCAGAAAAAUUGUACACCAGGCUGGCAGAGGUGUCCCGGAAGAAGCAAUUACAGAUGCAUACCCAAGUGGCUUUUAUGUGAUGGUAAAGAUGACUGCAGAGACAAUAGCGAUGAACUACCUGACAACUGUCCAAAAUGCAAUCCCGCAACCGACUUUCAAUGCAGCAACAACCGAUGCAUCCCAAAGAGGUGGCGAUGCGAUUUUGAAAACGAUUGUGGAGACAAUUCAGAUGAAGCAGAAUCCCUAUGUCAUGACAAGUUCCGUGACUGUUCUGAGUCAGAAUUUAAAUGUAAUAAUGGAAGGUGCAUACCACAGCACUAUAGGUGUGAUCAUGAUGAUGACUGCACUGACCUUUCCGAUGAAAAUAACUGUGGCAACUUCCAGUGCAAGAAUGGAACAUUCCAGUGUGCCAGUGGUCACUGUAUAGCUUCUUAUUUCCGUUGCGAUGGAGAUGUUGACUGUAGGGAUAUGAGUGAUGAAAAAGGCUGUCCUCCUAGAUUCCCCAAUGGAAGAUACUGUCCAGAGCAAAUGUUUGAAUGUGACAACCAUAUUUGCAUAUCGCACCAAGACAAAUGUGAUGGUAUGAAUGACUGUGGUGAUGGUUCUGAUGAAUCAACCACAAUUUGCACAAAUAUGGCAUCAUGUUCAGGAAGAGGCAGGUAUCAGUGUGAGAACGGCAGAUGUGUAUCUUUGGAUGCGACUUGUGAUGGGGUCGACGACUGUGGAGACGCAUCUGACGAAAACAACCAUUCCUUGUGCUUUGUAUAUCCGAGGAAGUCAUGUGCACGGAACGAGUAUUUAUGUGACAACAAAAAGUGCAUACCUGAAGCAAACGUAUGCGAUUAUGAGGACAAUUGUGGAGACGGAUCUGAUGAAGCAGGAUGCCAUUAUGGAACGUUGUGCCCGGGAGAUAUGGGCAUGGGAGGAUGUGAACAGUUAUGCACCAACGUUACAAAGAACGCACAUGUCUGUAGCUGCUUCAAUGGUUAUGUUGUGAAUCCUGAACAACGAAAGAAAUGCAUUGAUGUCGAUGAAUGUGCAACCGGUUUGAAUCGGUGUUCUCAUUUGUGUACGAAUCGCGAAGGUACAUAUGAGUGCUCGUGCAGGCCUGGGUUCACAUUACUCGAUACUAUGAGUGGAGUGUGCAAAGCUGAUGAUCCAAAAGUAUCAAUUGUAUACUCAAAUGGAGAAGACAUUGAAGCAUAUCAAAUACACAAGAGAAAAGAAGUUGAUGUUAUAAGAAAUGAAAAACGAAUUGAAGCUAUUGACUAUGAUCCGAAGAAUGAGAUGGUAUUCUGGGUCGACAGCUACUCUAAACAAAUUAAAAGGAGUUAUAUGGUCGAUGCUCUAGCUGGAGAGGUUAAAGUCGGCUACGCUCAAGACUUAACAACUAUUGACAAUUCUAAACCAACGAGUAUCGCUGUUGAUUGGGUUGCUAAUAAUAUCUAUUGGACAGAAUCGGAUCGUUCAGGAGAAAAAUCAAAAGGAAAAGUCCUCGUUGCAAAACUCGACGGCAGGUACAAGAGAUCUUUAGUUGAUAAAAACGUAGGCUUUCCAACUUCCAUCGUACUCGAUCCACAAGUUGGAAGGAUGUUCUGGUCGGAUGCAGGCGGUGAACCAAAGAUAGAAAUGGCCUGGCUAGACGGAUCAAGGAGGACUGCGUUGGUCACGGAAAGGAUAGUGCAUCCUUCAGGUUUGACAAUUGAUUAUGCCAGCGAUCACGCUCUGUAUUGGGUUGACUCAAAGCUAAACCAUAUAGAAACUAUCAAGCAGGAUGGAUCAAAACGUGAAAUCAUACUUAAAGGAGAAAAACUCCAUCACCCACUGGCUCUAGAUGUUUUUGAAAAUAAUCUAUACUGGAUAACAAAAGAUACAGGAGAAGUAGUCCAACAGGACAAAUUCGGUCGAGGGAUACCUGUCAUUUUAGCCAAAAAUCUUGUCAAUCCAACUGGUGUCAAAGUUUAUCACAAAGCGAAAUAUAACAUGACACUGUCCAAUCCUUGUCAUCAUAAUCCAUGCUCCCACCUUUGCGUGAUCAUCCCAGGAGGUCAUAGCUGCAUUUGCCCAGACAACAACAAAGAGAUGGGUUCACAAAUUGUCUGUAAUACAGCAACUGAGGAACCCUUGCCAUUGCCGAGGGUUUGCCCUUGUCAAAAUGGCGGCCUUUGCGAGGCGGAAGAAGGCAGCCACAACCUGAUCUGUAAAUGCCCUGAGGACUUCUCGGGGGCGUUCUGUGACACGUUCGUCCUUAAGAAUCAAGCACAAAGUUCCACAUCGAUGUUCUUCAUCGUACCUUUAGUCAUUCUUCUGGUGCUCUUGUCCGGAGGGGCAGUAUUCUACUUUUUAAGGAAAAGGUCUUUUGGGAAAGGGCCUGGGUUGGGCAGCUUGACGAAUUCUCAAAGUGUGUCAUUUAGGCAAGGUACCAAUGUCGAAUUUGGAUCCCCUGCCUUCAGCAGCAAUGGACCUUCUAUUCCUGCUGAAACCAUGGAAUCGAACUACAGCAUGGCUGAUAUAAGUUCUAAAAAUAGAGAUUUUAGCAACCCAAUGUACGAUGCAUUGGGAACGUUGGAAGCAGUUCCGGAUAACAAUGGAUCUCUUUUUGAGGAGAUGAAUUCUCGGGGGACAAUGGAGCCACCGACAGCAAUCUUAGCGCCAUCGAGUAUGACAGUUAGGACAUCAGUGAGUGGCAAAGGCAGGCCAAAAGCCCACCGAGAACUUGAUCCCAGUGCAGAUACUGGGAAAGACACACAGAAGCUUGUUGAAGAAGACAGAUCGGAUUGUUGACCCAAACUUAAUCGAAAAACAUCCGUGUACAUAAUUGACAAGGAGUGGAACUGACAGGGCUUCAGACAACACACUUCAACACGCUAAUAAUAAAAAAAUAUCCGUCCAGUUGUAUAAGGGAAAUAUAUUUAAGUUGAGUGAAUACAAGGAAUUCUGUGAACGAUCGUUUCUUGUUCCUAAAAGUGCAUAUUUUCAUAUGUAAGAAAAGGAUUUAGUGAUCUUAUUAUUUUUUUAAAUUAAUUUAAAGUGUUAUAUUUGUUUGUUGAUUGUUUAUAAUAUGAUAAUGAGAAAUGAAACAAAUUUUUGUAAAUGAGUCAAAAUGGACAAUGUAAUUGUUGAUAGUGUUUUGUUCUUUGAAGAAAUUUUAUUUUAAACAAUUCGUUAUUCGUGUAAUACACGUUAGGGGGGAAAGUGUUAUUUUUCUAAAAUGUAGCGUUGGGUUGAGGUGAGUCGUCCUAUUUUUAGGUGUUCUGAGGCGCAAUUAAAAAAAAAUUCUGUUUUUAAUUUUGUGAGACAAAAGAGAAUUUAUAUAAAUGUACAGUAUAUUAUAAAUAUAAAUAUUUUAAUGUAUAUAU